GGUUCUGAAGACCUUUUAGAGAAGAUCCUGGCCUUGGAGCGGCACCGGGGACUGGACCCGGCCCAUGGAGAAGCUGCCUGAGCAGACGUCCCCGGAGUCCCCGUGUCCGUCCCUCGAGCAGGAGCCUCGAAAGAGCAAGGAUGGUGAGACCUGGACUGAGGAUCAAUUAAUUAUAAAGCAGAAAACUCUUGAAGUAGGGACACAGCCACAUGAAGGAGAGGAAUGUGAACGAAACAAACAUGCGGGACCCUAUGGGUAUGGACAGAAUUUUGGUCAUAUCUCAGACUUUAUCCGACAGCCACACAUUCUUAUGGAAGAGAAAUCUCAAAUGUGCAACACUUGUGGCAAGCUAUUCAGACGGAACACAUACCGUAUUCAGCACGAAAAAAUCCACACACAGGAGAAGCCUUAUGAGUGCCAUGAAUGUGGAAAAGCCUUUGGCCAUAGUUCAAAUCUCAUUCAGCAUCAAGGAAUCCACACCGAGGAGAAACCCUACGAAUGCGGUGAGUGUGGGAAGGUCUUCCGGCGCAGCUCACACCUCAUCCAGCAUCAGAUCAUCCACACGGGGGAGAUGCCUUACCUGUGUAAUGAGUGCGGAAAAGCUUUCGGUCGGAGCUCAAGUCUCCUUCGACAUCAGAGAAUCCACACUAUGGAGAAGCCCUAUGAAUGUACCGAAUGUGGGAAGGCCUUCAGCCAGAGCUCAAAUCUAACAGAACAUAGGCGAGUUCACACCAGAGAGAGACCAUACGAAUGCUGCGACUGUGGGAAAGCUUACAGUCGUAACUCACACCUCAUCGAACAUCAGAGAGUCCAUACAGGGGAGACUCCUUAUGACUGUAAUGAGUGUGGAAAAUCUUUCAGUAGGAGUUCACUCCUUAUCAAACAUCAUAGAAUUCACACUGGAGAAAGACCCUAUGAGUGUAGUGAAUGCGGGAAGGCUUUUAGUCGGAACUCCCACCUUAUUCAGCACCAGAAGACUCACAGUGGGGUAAAACCUUCUGAAUGUAAAGAAUGUGGGAAAACCUUCAAGUACAGUUCAUACCUUAUUGAUCACCUGGGAAUCCAUUCAUGAGAGAAACUGUGAAUGAAGUGAAGGUGGUAAAGCCUUUGUUUGGAGUUCAGCUCUUAGCGAACAUCAGAGAACUCGUGCUGGGGAGAAAACCUUUGGCUGUAGUGAGUGCAGACGGCCUUCAGUCCUAGCUCAACUCUUACCAAGACCUGAAAAUCCACAUAGUGGACAGAUCUCAUGGAUGUGUUCAGUGCAUAAGUACCUUUAGACAGAGUUCCCGCCUUACUCAGCAUUAGCCAGUUUGCUUUGGGGGAAUGAUGGGUAUGGGGAGAGCCUUGCUAUGUGUCAGAGAGGGGCACGAAAGGGGCGUCAUCUGACACUACAGAAGGAAUGACUAAAGUGGAAGCUUAAGUUAGCACUACUUUUUAUUUGAUUUUGAGGAUCUACAUCAGAGGGAGAUCCUAUGGUUUUUUUU